UGGCUACCUGCCAACAAGAAUGUUUACGUUGCGAGGUUAUGUUCUUUCUAUAGCUCUUGUUGAUAUUAUUUAAUAUAGUUCUAAAACAUAUCCAGAUGCGUUUGCACAACGCAAAGUACAUUAAAUAUCCUUAAUGUAAAACCCUAUUAAGUGUAGUUCCCUACAACAACAGAUACAAUGCUACUUUUAUUCAUUUCCUUAAUAGUUCUACCGCUAAUAUUCAUCGGCUUCCUGAUCUUUAUAACCUUCGUGCUAGUGCCUUUCGCCUUCAUCUUCGCGUCAUGGUAUAUGAGGAUCAAGGAGCGGAAGCUGACGCGUCGUAAGAGAGACGGGGCUAAUGUGGCCUUUUUCCAUCCAUACUGCAAUGCUGGGGGAGGCGGCGAGAGAGUGUUGUGGGUGGCUAUUAAGGCUGUAUUGGCCAGGUACCCAGACUCAAACAUCCACAUCUACACAGUAGAGACAGCAGAGCCGCAGACUAUAAUUGACAGAGCCCAGAACCAGUUCAACGUGAAGGUGGACAAGACAAAGAUAAACUUCAUUCGGCUCAGCAUGCGACGAGCUAUUGAGGCUAAGACGUACCCGUACUUCACGCUGUUGCUGCAGAGUUUGGGCUCCAUGAUUCUGGGUUUGGAAGCUUUUAUGAAGUUGAAUCCUGACAUAUACAUAGACACUACAGGCUUCGCGUUCACUUUCCCAAUAUUCCGCUACCUAGCGCAAUGUCCGGUCGGAUGCUAUGUGCACUACCCCACCAUCACAGGUGCAAUGAUGCGCCGCGUGAAGCAUCGCAUCGUCUCCUACAACAACAACAGUCUUAUUGCCAGAAACCCGCUGUUCACGUGGAUGAAACUGCUGUACUAUAAGAUAUUCGGAUGGUUGUAUGGCGUGGUGGGUCGUUGCGCAGACGUGGUAAUGGCGAACGGCACGUGGACGGAGGACCAUCUCAACGAGCUGUGGUGCUGUCCGCUCAACACCUUCCGCGUCUACCCGCCUUGUGAGGUAUCAGAGCUGAAACAGCUGCGGUCUCUAGUGAAAGAGUCGGACCCCAUCCGCAUACUGUCAGUUGCACAGUUCCGACCGGAGAAGGAUCACCCGCUCAUGUUGCAAGCCAUGUAUGAGCUCAGGAACUUGCUUGUUAAGAACGAAAUGUUAUGGAAUAAGAUCAAACUAGUCCUAGUAGGGUCCUGCCGUAACGCGGAAGACGAGGAACGCGUACAAAACCUGAAGGACCUCGCUAAGCACCUGUCUCUAGAAGCCAGCGUGGAGUUUGUAGUGAAUGCGCCGUAUGCGAGGCUACUGCAGAUGUACCAGACCUCAUCGCUGGCCAUACAUGCCAUGUGGAACGAGCAUUUUGGCAUCAGUGUGGUAGAAUGCAUGGCAGCAGGUCUGAUCACGAUCGCGCACCGCUCGGGCGGCCCGCUCUGCGACAUCGUGGAGACUGCACAGGCCUCCCGCACCGGCUUCCUGGCCGCCGAGCCUGAUGAGUACGCCAGGGCUAUACUGGAAGUCAUUGCACUGUCGAGUGACGAGAGGAAGAGGAUUGUUGAAGCUGCUAGGGCAUCAGUUGACCGUUUCUCAACAAUGGAGUUCGAGAAAUCUUUCCUCAGAGCGGCGGAACCUCUAAUGAACUUAGAAUAGUAUUUAUAAACUAAAAGCCUUUCAAUCUUCUGUACAUUUCGUUCCAUUAGUUUUAAGCAUAAUAAUAAAAUUAAACCAAAGCUU